AUGGCAUCACUAUUCACAUCCCGCGCACUCCUGCGCAGUGCCCCUCGCACAUUCUCUGCCGCAACUCCUGCCUUCCGCGCCCUCUCUACCACUCCAGUUCGUCCCGAUGCCUCCGCUUCCACCACGGAUAGAUUCAGCAACAUUCCAGAUUUCAGCAAAUACAGAAGUAAGAAGAGUGGUGGAAGUAAUUUGGUUUAUCAAUACUUUAUGGUGGGAGCUAUGGGUGCUUUGACAGCCGCGGGGGCAAAGGCUACUGUUCAAGAUUUCCUCGUCAACAUGUCCGCAUCCGCAGAUGUUUUGGCCAUGGCCAAGGUUGAGGUUGAUUUGAAUGCUAUUCCUGAGGGCAAGAACGUCAUUAUCAAGUGGCGUGGAAAGCCCGUCUUCAUCAGACACAGAACCGCCGAUGAGAUCAAGGAAGCAGAGAACGUUAAAGUCGAGACUUUGAGAGAUCCACAAUCCGACGCCGACCGUGUCAAGAAGCCAGAAUGGUUGGUUAUGGUUGGUGUCUGCACACAUCUUGGAUGUGUCCCAAUUGGUGAAGCUGGCGAUUUCGGAGGAUGGUUCUGCCCAUGUCACGGUUCCCACUACGAUAUUUCCGGCCGUAUAAGAAAGGGACCUGCUCCAUUGAACUUGGAGGUCCCAGAAUAUGAUUUCGCUGAAGAAUCUUCUUUGGUCAUUGGUUAAAUUAGAGGAUCGAGUGGAGAGCGAUUUUGUAGUUGUAUAAAAUUGGAGGAGUGUGGAUGGACGGAAGAGUCGAAGAUAGAUGAAACAACGUUUUUAGUUUGAACGAGAGAGAAUGAUAGACCUUGAUCUGGAAGCGUUAUGGCUCUGUAGAAGGGGUGGUGGAAUGGCCUUUGUACAAAAGAUCGGAUAAAUGAUAUCGCUUCGAAAAGUUUCAAAUUUUGGAUUCCACCACUAU